AUGGCACUGGUUAUGGAGCCUGUGAGCAAGUGGAGCUCCAGUCAAGUGGUUGACUGGAUGAAAGGCCUGGACGACUGCCUGCAGCAGUACAUCAAGACCUUUGAGAAGGAGAAAGUAGGGGGGGACCAGCUGCUGCGUAUCACCCACCAGGAGCUGGAGGAUUUGGGAGUGUCCAGAAUUGGACACCAGGAACUCAUCCUGGAGGCUGUGGACUUACUCUGCGCUCUGAAUUAUGGGCUGGAGACUGAGAAUCUGAAGACGCUCUCUCACAAGCUGAAUGCGUCUGCCAAGAACCUGCAGAACUUCAUCACGGGCCGGCGGCGCAGCGGCCACUACGACGGCCGAGCCACCCGCAAGCUGCCCAACGACUUCCUCACCUCCGUGGUGGACCUCAUCGCUGCAGCCAAAAGCCUCCUGGCCUGGCUAGACAGGUCUCCAUUUGCUGCAGUGGCUGAUUACUCGGUGACGAGGAACAAUGUGAUCCAGCUGUGUCUUGAGCUCACCACAAUUGUGCAACAGGACUGCUCUGUGUAUGAAACAGAAAACAAGAUCCUGCAUGUGUGUAAAACUCUGUCUGGAGUGUGCGACCACAUUAUCUCCCUGUCCUCGGAUCCCAUGGUGUCACAGUCUGCACAUUUGGAAGUUGUGCAGCUCGCCAACAUAAAAUCCACUGAAGGCUUGGGCAUGUACAUCAAAUCAACGUACGACGGUCUGCAUGUAAUCACUGGGACGACAGAAGGAUCCCUGGCUGACCGCUGUAAGAAAAUCCACGCUGGAGAUGAAGUCAUCCAGGUCAAUCAUCAGACAGUGGUGGGCUGGCAGCUGAAGAACCUGGUGAACUUGUUGCGUGGGGACCCUGCAGGUGUGACCCUGACGCUGAAGAAACGCCCUCAGAGCACGCUCACAUCGACCCCUGCGCUGCUCAAAAACAUGAGAUGGAAGCCGUUAGCGCUGCAGCCAAUCUUCCCUCAGAGCCCCAGCAGCAGCGUCGCGACGCCCACCAGCACUUUAAGCACUCCAUCCAGGAGGAGUAGCUGUGCCCUCCAGGACCUCUUCAUCCCGCCUCCUCCGGCAGAACCCUACACCCCCAGAGAUGACAAGGGGAAUCUGCCGGAAGACGAUCCCCAAUCGGAUGUCCAUGUCGCCGAAGGAUCCGAGUCCCCAAACUCCUACCUCGACCAGGAAUGUCGGCGGCGAUUCCCCCUGGUGGAGGAGGACGCCAUACUGUACUGCUACGAGUACGACCAGAACCAAGAGGUGUCGUCGGUGCGCAGGGGGAGCACUCCCACUUAUGGCAGGCUGAGGCCCAUCUCCAUGCCGGUGGAAUACAACUGGGUGGGAGACAACGAAGACCUGGCCAAGCUGAGGAGAGAGAGCAGGAGAGAGAAUUCCCUGCUGCGAUUUGCAAGUGAAGACAAAGCCCCGGGGGAGAACUUCUUACUGGGCCGCAGCCUGAGCCAGAACAGGAGGAAGUCUGAGCGUGGAGCCAGUCCCACCCAUUACACCCUCGUCCCGGCCCUGCAGAUGGAGGUGUCCCUGUCCACGUCCAGCUCUGAUUCUGCAUCCCUAUACCAUGUGUUUGAGCGAUCCUCUCUGCUAUCAAGGUCAAAGAAGAAGAGUAAAGCUGGAAGUCCCAUGUCUUCCAUCAGCAAGCGACGGAUUUCCUGCAGGGACUUGGGUCAGGGGGACUGUCAGGGCUGGCUGUGGAAGAAGAAAGAUGCGAAAACCUAUUUCUCGCAGAAGUGGAAGAAGUACUGGUUCAUCCUGAAAGACACGUGCCUGUACUGGUACAUGAAUGAAGAGGAUGAGAAGGCGGAGGGCUUCGUCAGCCUGCCUGAGUUCAAGAUUGAUCGUGCCACUGAAUGCAGAAGGAAGUUCGCUUUCAAGGCUUGCCAUCCGAAGAUAAAAACCUUCUACUUUGCUGCGGAAAAUGUAGACGACAUGUCCCGGUGGCUCAGUCGUCUCAGUAUGGCGGUGGCAGGCUACUCCGAGCAGGAGAAAAUGCACCAGGACCAAGAUUAUUGGAGUGAGAGUGAUCAUGAGGACAUGGAGAUGCCCUCCAUGCCCAAACAGGACAGUCCGCCACCACCCUAUGACACCUAUCCCAGAGCGUCCUCAGUGAGUCCCUACCUGGAACCCAAACGUGGCCACCUCUCCUCCUCCGACACGUUCCAGUCUCGUUCCUCUCACGAGGAGUUCCACUCCGAGCCUCAGGAAAGCAGCAGCAAUAACGGCGUCUCCCCCGGGCCGAAGACGAGCAACCACAGAAACUCGUGGCAGGACCAGAUGGAGAGCAGCACGAGGAUGCACUACCUCCAGACGUUUCCCAUGGAGGAAUCCCUGCUAUCUGAGGACAGGGACCAACUGGCGAUGGAGUACCGCCGGCAAUCCACUCUGCCGGCACAGCGCAGCCUGCUGCAGGAGCAGUACAGAGCGCUGCCGCUGCCCCUCAGGGCCAGUAUUGAUUCAGAGGCGGGAGGGAAACCACGCAGCUUCACUCUUCCCAGGGACAGCGGGCUGCACGCCAUCCUGGCUGCCACCGCUGCUGCAUCGGACCAGAGAGAACCGCAGCACUACCAGCUGGACCGGGCCAGAGACACAGGACCUGGACGGGACUGCAGGAUGCAGACGGACUCUCUGGUGGAUCUGUACCGAGCUCUGGAGCAAACCAAUCUGUCCACCUCUGCUGACCACAGAUCAGCCAGCCGCCUGGAGUACAAGCGCUCAUUUGUGCGCAGAGUUAAUGACCCCUUGCUGAAUGACAAGCUGCACCGUUUGCGGAUCCUCCACAGCUCACUGAAGAAUGUUCCUCUUCAAGACACAAACCGGUCGAUGGGCUUUUUAGGGUAA